AUGAUUGUUGUUGCUCUUCAAGCUCAAUCUAGUCAAGAGUUAGCACAAUCUGAGUCUAAAUGGAAGAAACUCAUUGAGAAAAUUGUUAAAGUUUUAGAACAGGUGGUACUGGAAUUGCAACUUGAUGCUGAUACUAGUUCAUCCGGUCAAAUUUUGACUCUUAUGGGACAGAUUGGUAAUUUGAAGAAGGAGAAGGACAAGAUGCAGAGAAGGGCAGGUUGGAAUACCUAUUUUGGAUUUCUUAAGUGUACAUAUGCAGAUGUACUCAAGAUUGACGGCCAAUUUCCAUCUUGGAUUUCAACACAAUUCUCAUUUGAAAUAUUGGAAUUAACUAAUGCGAGCCUUGUGGGCGUAAUUCCCUCUUGGCUGUGGGAAACCAAUCCUCUAUUGAGUUACCUAAAUCUUUCAAGAAAUCAUCUCGAAGGAAUCCUAUCUUCAAAUACUUCAACAUGGAUGCAACUUGAAGUCCUUGAUGUGUCAAGAAAUGCAUUCAGUGGGCACCUCCCAUCAAUGUGGUCUUCUCAUAUCUUCUGGUUAAACCUUGCAAACAAUUUUUUCACUGGUAAUAUUCCUCCAAGCCUGGGCAAAUUAUCUAAUUUGAGUAUAUUAAAUCUUGAAAACAAUCUGUUUAGAGGCAAUAUUCCUCCAAGUUUAGGAAAAUUAUCUAAUCUCCAGAUGCUAAAUCUUGCAAACAACAACAUAGCUAGAGUGAUACCUAUGAGCUUGUCUAAUUGCUCUUCCCUGGUUAUCCUAAAUUUGGGAAAUAACACUUUGGAGGGAAGCUUACCAAAUGAGUUCAGUAUGCUAAGUGAAUUACAUGCAUUAGUUGUUCACAAUAAUAAUCUGAAUGGAUCAUUCCCUUCUUUGAUAAUAAAUUGCUCAAAGCUACAAGUUCUGGAUAUUGGGAACAACUUAUUUGGUGGCAAAAUACCAACAUUAAUUGGAAAUCUGUCAGAGCUAAAAGUAUUGGUGAUGAAGGAAAAUAAUUUUACAGGAAGUAUUCCUUUAGAGAUGGGCCAACUAAUGAACCUUCAAAUCUUGCUCCUUUCUUCAAAUCAUAUCUCAAGUUCAAUUCCACACACAAUUGUGUUUCUGCAAGCAAUGACAAAAGAAAGCCAAAAUGGUUUUAUAUUGUUCAAUUUUCAAGCUACUUAUCAGGUUGGGUUGGAUAUGAAUGCAAAAGGCACAUAUGAACACUACACAUAUAUUCUUUACACUGUCACAUGUAUGGAUCUCUCAAACAAUGAAUUGGAGGGAGAAGUUCCUUCUGAAAUUGGGAAUUUAAAGUGGUUGAGGCUUCUAAACCUUUCAAUGAACAAUUUGAAAGGGACCAUUCCAAAUAGUCUAGGAGAAAUGCAUCAACUGGAUUCAUUAGACCUUUCAAGAAAUUACUUUUCUGGAAAAAUCCCUCUAGAGCUUCAAUCUCUAAGCUACUUAGGCUCACUAAAUCUAGCAGACAAUAAUCUUUCAGGAAGUAUACCACAAGGACCACCUAUGACCACCUUUGGAGAAUCCUCUUAUUCAAGAAAUCCUAAUUUAUGGGGGUGUCCCCUACCCAAAAAUUGUUCUUGGCCACACUUUCUUCCACCUCCUCCUACAGUUUCAAUUAAUAAAAGAAUGAGAAGCACUAGAUAUCCAUGGUAUGAGAUAGCAUUAGGAUUGUCAUAUGGAGCAGCUUUUGGAGGGAUAAUGUCAUUGAUCUUGUUAAAAACGAGUUGGAGAAGGAAAUACUUUAUAAAAGUUGAUACAAUCUUAAAGUUUUUAUUUCCAUGGAUGAAGAAUUUGACACUAUGAAGGGAUGCAUCUACAUUUCAUUGAAAUGAAUCUAUUUUACUUAUGAAGGUUUCUUGGUGUACUUUUCUUAUUGAAGAUAUUGUUCUUGGUGGUGAAAAAUGUUGGAGUAAAUAUUAUUUACUCAUGUUAAGUCCAACUUAGACAUCAUUAUUUAAUAUUUUACAUUUAGAGAUUUAUCAUUUAGUUAU